AUGGCGGCAACAAAAUCGGAAAAGACUUUAGACGAGGCUGAAAAAGUAGUUCAAGCCAAACAUGAUUUAACCGAGUCUAUUAAUCAACAACAAAUAUUUCCUGAUCGAUUUUCAUCUCCAACUAAGCGUCUGGUACUUCUUUUAACUGGCUCAUUUAAUCCAAUAACUAUAGCACAUUUACGCAUGCUUGAAUUAGCUCGAGAUUAUUAUCAUCGUCAAUCAAUUCAAGUUAUUGAAGGAAUUGUAUCUCCAGUAAGCGAUAACUAUGAUAAACCCGGUCUAGCGAAAGCAAAUUAUCGGAUUGAAAUGAUUCAAGCAGCCAUACGUGAUAAUCAUUGGCUUCGUAUGGAUAGUUGGGAAGCUGAACAGACAUCUUGGACGCGAACAAAAUUAGUGCUCGAUCAUCAUUACGAAGAAAUUAAAAAACGAUUUGGUGAAAAUACGGAACUUCGUUUACUAUCAGGUGCUGACGUUGCACGUUCUAUGCUAAGCCCAACUAUUUGGCUGCCACAAGAUAUCGAUUCUAUAAUGACAAAGUAUGGCCUUGCUUGCAUAAGCCGUUUGAGUGCUCCACAACCUGGUCAAAAUACUGCAGCUGUGUCAGAUGUUAAAGAAGGAAUGCCUGAUCUAUGGAAACAACAUAUUGAUAUUAUUCAGGAUUGGGUUAUUAAUGAUAUAUCAGCUACAAACAUACGCGCUAGAUUAGAAGAGGGAUGUAGCGUUAAAUAUAUCGUACCGGAUGCUACAAUCGAAAUAAUUCGUCGACAUGGUUUAUACAAUUCAAAUAAAUCUAUAUGCUUAGCUGAUUGGCCAAUUGAAAACCAAAAACAAUAA